GACAAACCCUUGACACUUGAGUACAUAAACGUUAGUACUAGGUAUAAUAAUACUGAUAUGGUAAAAACUGAUUUAGUCAACCCGAGGACGAGUCAGUCCGCGUUUGAACAGCGAAAUAGCGAGUGAUUCCAUUUGUAUCCGGAACGGCGACAGUUGACUACGCGACACGGAGAGUAUGCCGAAAAGUUUUAACUAACAAAAAGUUUAUUGGUAGUUAAAUGUUACGGUGAUAACGAAAACAAACCAAGCAAAAGUCGGAAAGUUGACACGUAUACAAAUGGUUGCCGGUUUGCAUAUCUUGAAGUGAAUGUAGGCCAAUCAGUGAAUUGAAAAUAGAAAUCAGGAAUUUCGCGUGAUAAUUGUUGUGCAAAGCUUCAUUUGCUGUUUGGUUUAACUUAAGCUUAACACGGCAGUCAUCAGCGGGAAACGAUUUAUCGUCAGUGUUUUUGCAGCCAGCUGAUAACUUUACUCCGAACAUACGUUCGAUAUCGUUGGACACCGCGACGCGCCUAAGAGAAGCCGCCAUGAGUAAACUGAUUCGCCAGGUUUCGAUCGAAACGCCCGCACAGAAGAUCAAAGACUGCGUUUUCAAUCUAGUGGUUCCUGUGCCGGACACGCCACCCAACGGGGCGCGUAUCCUGGUGGUUUAUGCCGGAGCAUGCUACCGUAAGAAUCAAUCCACAUCGAUCUCGUCCAUCAGCAGUCAGCUAUCGGAUACGGGUGACAUUACCACAUCGUUACACAUACUGGCAAAGCAGAUGCAAAGUGGUAAUUUCUCCAGUAUUAGCGAGGAAGGCCCGGACAGUACGCCCGUCGCAGCACACCAAACUUCGAUUGCCAUUCAACCAAACCCAGCGGCACACCACGGCGUCCGGGACGGCGCUCUGUUCCCGGGCUUUGAAGUGGCUGGAGUAAUUGAAUCGCUUGGCAGUGAACUGAAAGAAGACUGUGGCUUCAAGGUGGGCCAACGUGUGAUUAUCUAUCCGUACGAGGGCGUACCGGCCGGCUAUUCGGAGCUGAUGGUGGUUCCGGACUUGAUGUAUCUGAUUCCUAUUCCCGAGUCGCUACCGCUCAGCGUGGCGGCUACUCUGCCUACCGGUGCUCUACUGGCCCAGAGUGCUAUCAUUUCGGCGCACAAAAUCGUCGACGAUUUGCUGUCGAAGCGACCGAACGAAAAGGUGAAGAUUCUGAUUGUCGGCACCGGUGGGCUGGCACUGUGGGCUAUUCGAAUCGCCGCGCAACACUUCUAUGCACCCGGUACCAAGGAUAAGAUACAGAUUACGGUGGCCAGCUUGCGGGACGAAGGCUUCGUGAUGGCGCAGAAGUGUGAAAAAGUAAACAUUGUCCAGUGGAAUGAGGAUCUAUACGAGAAGCAGCUGAUCGAGCGCACCCACGAUGCCUGCGACGGUCUGGUGGAUAUUGUGAUCGAUUUCGGUACGACGUCACGCAGUUUGCACCGUUCGAUGCAGUGCCUCACCAAGGGUGGAACCGUGUUCAUCAGUGACGAGAUUGCCGAGAAGCUGAUGGCGAAAUUCGCCAAACGGGCGGAUGACCGUGGCGUCCGAAUUGAGGUCGUCCCGACGGGAACCAUCGAGCAGUUGCACCAGCUGGUCAAACUGGUGGCUGCCAAUGAGAUCGAACCUCCGCCACACACAGUAUUUCCCUCGGAUCAGGCUGCCGAAGUGGUACUCAAGUUGGCUAGUUCGGAAAUUCCCGGUCGCGCUAUUUUGAGAUUCCAUGAUAUCGAGUAAGCCGGCCCCACCACUUCGUAACUUUCAGAACUCCUAAAUGCCGUUUACGACGGAACACAUACUUACUAUGAAACAAACAAUUAAAUAGUAACGCUAAAUUGCAAAUGGAUGAAGUUAUUAAUUUUUGUGCAUUCAAGUAAUGCACCACAAAGCGCUUAUUCAUUCUUAUUUGUAUGAGUAUCUCUUGAAGUAAGUGAUGCGAGCAACCGAAAUGUCGAGAAUUAGACAGAUAUAGCGUUAAAUUGCUAAAGAAAAGUGGCGAAAAAAUUAGCAAAAGCUAGGUAUUGAUAGUGAAGCAAAGCAAAAUUUACAUUGAAAACGAUAAAUGUAUUAUUUAAUCCAAUGGCUAACACGAAACAACGGUUAAGUAAAACAUUGCAAUUAAUCCAAACUUGCUUGAAGUUUUUUCACCUAUCUACGUUUAGUCAGUAGAUGUCAGUGUCUUUCAACAUUACCAAAAAGAGAACGGCUCGCAUCUUUUUUCAAACCCACUUUUAACGAAUCUUGUUUAUUUUUUUUCUUUCUAUUAUUUCAUCCCUGUCCCCGAAAUUGGUUAGCUAGAUAAACUCUCACGUGGUAAUCAGAGACUGGUGAUCAAUUUUCAGGAAACAACAUUUAAUCGACACAACUUAAACACACAAAUACAUGCAUCAAUUACAAACUAACAAACUUAAAACUUUUCAUAACGUGAUCAGAUCAGAGCUAAUUUGGGCCAACAGUUACUUGUCUACGCUUUGGUUUUACUGUAAUCGUAGAUUUAAAAAAUGAUUUUAUGUACAAAUGCAAACCAACCCACAGGUAAUAAUCAUUGAACUCUAAAAGUAACAACAACAAGUCACAAACAGGAUAGAGUUUUGACUAUCAAUCAGGGAUUUUACUACAUUGCGAUGAUGGUUACGAAACGACUCACCAGGGGCUAGCGAAAGUUAACUGAAACUAACGUUUUCUAGCAUCUCAAUGUUCGAUAAAGAAUGGGCAAAACAAGAAGGAAAGGACAGCAUGUGUAACUCUUCGUGUAUGAUUAUAAGAUAUGAUGAUACCAUACUUCAGUUGUGAUUAGUGUUUCCCGAAUGCUGCGAGUGCGAAUCCAAAGGAUUUCGACAGCUCGCAGCGGUCGGUGACCGUGUUUGAUUUAGUUCUUUUUUAUGUUAUUAUACUUUAAUCUUAAAAGUGAAGAAGAAAAAUAUUAACGAUAAAUGCGAACGCAAAAUGUUGAUUAAAAUAAACUACUAAAAUGACGCGAUGUGUUUAGGAUUACAGUACACUUAAUUAUUUAGCCUAAUGGAGAAAAAACAAAACAGAACAGAAGGUAAACAAAGCAUGUGUAUUAAUGAGUAAAAUAAAUAAUAAAAGAAAACACUGUA